GAUUAUAACAUUAUUGUCGACUUGGGUUCGGGAGACGGAGGAAUCACUAAACUGUUGGCCACUCGUGUCCCACACAAGCGGGUUAUUGCCAUCGACGCCAACCCAGCGAUGACAGCGUACGGCCAGAGUGUCAACAGUCUGUCCACCAUUGAGUACAUCACACAAGACAUGUCGGUCUCGUGGCCGGAGCUGAGCGACGAUAUCCGGCGCCUGGAGUCCAAAGUAGACCUCAUUUUCUCCAACUUUUGCUUUCACUACUUCAACGACAAAAGUCAACUCUUGUCGCAAUGCAGGCAACUUUUGGCCACCGGGGGUUGCAUUCACGCCGUAUGCAUUUUACACUACGAUCUGAACCACAAAUUACCGGCCAAUGCCCGUAAAGAGUGGUGUCUGUCGAUUGACCAGCAAAUGGAUGUCUGGCGCCGGGCUCUGGAAGGAAACGGGUUUGCGAUCGACGUGUUUGAGUGCAAAGACGAGACCUAUCCUAUGAGUCGGCAGCAAAUAAUAGCUGUUCUGCCGGUAACUAUCGCUACACUUAAGUCCAAGUUUGAGACUAACGAGCAGUUUGUGAGCGAAACCCGAGGUCUCGAGGAUAUCAUGUUUGAUGUGUUAUGUAAUCCAGUGGCCGAUCGGCACAACCCUAACGCGUGGACACAAUUCUUGGCCAACAAAGAUGUGAAUGAAGUGGUUAUUCACAUCGGGUGCGGACCGGGAAAUACUGCUAAACUGUUGGCCAAAGAGCUAAACCCGGAGCACAUCGUCGGCAUAGAUAUCAAUCCCAAUAUGAUUGCAUCCGCCAAACAACACAACGCUAUGGCGAACACCGAUUACUACAUUCAGGACAUCACUCAUGAGUGGAGCCAAUGGGACAAAAGCCUACAGAAGUUGGCCGGAAAGGUGUCCGUAAUUUACUCCAACUUUACUAUGCAUUGGGUCCGCGAGUCGGACACUGCGGCCCAAAAUAUGGCCAAACUAUUGUCAAACGACGGUAUUAUAGUUAUGGAUAUACUAUAUUGCGGUCAUAUCUAUGGCACCGCCGGCGCAGAUAAGAGGGCUGAGUUGGAGCGACAGCUCCGGUAUCCCAGCGAACAGCGAGUGGUCGGCCAAUGGGUGACCGCAUUCAAGAGCGCCGGACUAAACCGUAUUCAUAUUAAAUACUGGGAACCAAAGUCGUUUCUGACAGACAGUGCCGGCGCUGAAGAAAUGAAUGCCGUCUUACGAGAGCUGAUCGUUAAGAGCUUUGAGACUCGGAUGAUGUCUAAAACCUUGUUCAAUGGUAAGGAUCUGAUUGAAUGCAACCGUGAAUUAUGGAAUUUUGUGAUAAGCAAAUAA